AUGAAUAAAACAAAUAAAACAGGGCUGGCUAUGUUGCAGCGAAAAAUCUUUAACAGCCUUGCAAAAGAAAAAAUCCCAAUUCCAUCAAAUGCAGAAUUGGCAUUAGCCUUUGAUAUAGGCAAAAUCAUUGUCAUUGAUAUCUUAAAUCAAAAAGAAAGAUGGCUUGAAGUUGACCCGGAAUCUUUUGAUGCUAAUAAAAAGAAAAGAUAUGAAAAUAUCAACCAAGCAAUGGCUAUUUGG